AUGGCGGACAAGAAGGUAUUAAAUUUGUGUAAGUCACUAUUUUCAUCCAGUUCUUCUUCCAUUAAUGCAAAAUUUUUCAGAUAUUUCACGAGAUAUCUCUCGAGUACAGCUACUAAUCUGAACGAAGAGAACAGGAUCUGUUUUGUUACUGAUGGGUGUAGUACCGAAGAGUUGGAGACAGUGCAAGAUUUAGUUGUCGGUAAUUUAGAAGUUUAUGGAAAUUUUAUUUCCGAAGAAGAGCAAACUUUACUGUUGAAGGAAAUCGAACCAUAUUUGAAGAGACAAAAGUAUCAAUAUGAUCACUGGGACAAUGCAAUCCAUGGGUAUAGAGAAACAGAAAAGUCAAGAUGGAGUCAAGAGUGUUUGUCAGUUUUCCAGAGAAUUCGAGAUGUUGCAUUCAAGCCUGGCAUGGAACUCUUGCCCCAUGUUCAUGCAUUAGAUCUAGCUAAAAACGGGUACAUUAAACCCCACAUUGACAGCAUUAAGUUUUGUGGAGCAAUAAUAUCUGGCCUUAGUCUACUGUCACCUUCAGUUAUGAGAUUUAAACAUGACAAGCUUUGCAAUGUCAAAGUUGAUACCCUUCUCCAGCCAAGAUCACUCUAUAUCAUAAGAGAUGCUGUAAGGUAUGAAUUUACCCAUGAAAUAUUGAAAGAAGAAGAAUCUGUUUGGAGAGGAAAGACUGUGCCUAGAGACAGAAGAAUAUCAUUAGUCCUCAGAUGUCAACCUUAGCAUUAAUCAAUCAUCUUUUAUAAAUGGCUAUGUUCUAGAUCCAUUUAUUCAUAAUGCUAAUAUCUAAUUAUUUAAAAAAUAUACUAUACAUAUUUUCACUGCCAUUUUUCUCUGCUGAGAAUAAAAAUUGAAUGAAUAAUUAGGGCAGACAUUUAGAUAAUACAUUAUUGUUAAUCAACAUGUGCAACAUUUCAGAACGGUGAGCCCAUAUUUAGAAGUCUACUGUAGAGUUUCCUCAUUGCAUGAAAACAUUAAAAACAUUCACUGCAAACUGAUUGUGUUAGGUGUGGUGUAAGAGGUUUGGAUAUGAGCUAUGAGUAUGGACUUUUUCAAGGUCACAGCUGCCUUUUCAACCCUUGGCAGCCUCUUGUGAAAAAUUUACUGAGACAUGUGGUUGAAUGAUGAUUUUGGUUGAAUCAUGGCAAAUACUGUUGGGUACCAGAGGACCUUUUCUAUAAAGUCUCGGUAACUAAACAAGCCUGUAAAGAUGUCCUAUCUUUAUUCAAGAUGGGGGUUUAAAAAGUUUCGAAAUUAAAUUAUAGUAAAACUAUCAGCUGAAGGAACAAAUUGGACUGGUUAGGGCACCAGAACAUGCUUCUUUAAUUUUUAAAUUUUGAUUUUAAAACAAGGCUUCAGAUAAGUUACUAGAACUUUGCCAUGGAGGUCUGAUCAUGUCCAGUGACUUUCAAAUCCAAUUUCAUUAUUAAAAUUGUGCUAAUCCACCAGUUAAAGACCAAGUUGUUUUUCAUGUGAUUUCUGGUGAAAUACAAAUGUUACACCACUUGACCAAGCUCCUUUCAACAUGACAUCAUCCAGUCCCUUGCGAUCUGCACAGUGAUUCCACUGUGACAGAUCUGCACUGCAGUCAGUACCCUCAGGGGGUA